AUGGCGGAUCUGGGAGCCCAGCAAGGACGAGGUUACCGGCCUGGAGCCUCUCGUGGCCCUGCUUCUUCUUCCUUCCAGCGAGAUGCUGCAUUCUCAGAAAUUUUCGGAGGAACGCCGCCCCCAGGCAGGUCUCAGACGAUGACAUCGCACUCUCCGCAAUUUAACCAGGAACGCGCCCAUACAAUGACCUCUCACCAGUCAGACCCGUACGCCCAAUCUCGAGGGCCGCCUCCUCCUAUGCGACAGUCUCGUGGGGGAUACCCGCCGAAUCCGCAGGCGGGAUAUCAAAACUCUCAAUGGCAACAACCUAACGGCUCGGGUCCUCCCCCACAACAACGCGCACCGCCACCUCCCCAUCAUCAACAACGUCCUAUGCCGCCUCAGAACCCGCAGCAAUACCCUCCUGGUAUGCAGCAACGGCCUUACCCUGGUCGGCCUCAGUACCCUCACCCUCAACGACUAGACUCCCGCCCAGGACCCAUGCCUCCUCAGUUCCAACAGCAAAAUCCGCACGGACGCCCCUUGCCUCCUCCAGCUCUCAACUCAGAUCAAUAUCGGUCCCGUUCAAUGGCUAGACUAGGAGGGCCUCCUUCAUACCAAUCGCCGCAGUCACAGUUCCCCCCGACCCCUGUCAAUGCUUUCCGCCAACCGUCGUACCAUUCAAUGGGUUCUAGAACCGCACAGGGCCGUAUCGUUCCAGAAAGGCACGAUAACGAACGAGCCAUGUCGAUGAGUUCUUACUCGGCAGACCGCGACCACGCCCAAACCAUCAGUUCCGGAAGAGUUGUACCGAAUAGGAGACGAGAGUCGGGUCUAGAACGGGAACGGGCUGGAGGUAUGGACCGCCAUUAUUCAGAAUCACCAGUAUCAAUACAACCCACCAUAGAUGAGCCACUGGUUCCCUCGCACUCUGGACAUCAUGUGCUACCCUCACAGCAAGAUCUACAAUUGCGAGUGCGACAUCCCAGUGAAAGCUCUGUUAAUUCACGUACUUUAUCCAUGGCAUCAACCAUCGCUCCUGAACGCAACAACAGUUUGCAAAAACCUGUCGCCGCCAAAUCCCCUAAUUCCUCCAUGGCUGGAGCGCCUCCACCAAACAACGUGCACCGCAGAACGCCGCUCGCCUACCCAGCUCUCCUAUCUCGAGUAGCUGCUGUCUUUAGAGAGCGGAUUGCUGUUGGCGAGCGUAUUAAAAACGACCUAGCCUACACUAACGCCUUUACAGGCGCAGAGGCUGUUGACUUGAUAUCCUACAUUAUUAAGACAACAGACCGCAACCUAGCUCUCCUUCUUGGUCGGGCUCUAGAUGCUCAAAAACUCUUCCAUGAUGUCACGUAUGACCAUCGAUUACGAGAUGCUCCAGGUGAACUCUAUCAGUUUAGGGAAACCCUGGGUGAAGAGUCACCUGUAAACGAUGUCAACGGAGUAUUUACGCUCUUGACUGAGUGUUAUUCUCCUACUUGUACCAGAGACCAACUUUGUUAUUCGAUUGCUUGCCCGCGACGGUUGGAGCAACAAGCAAGGUUGAACCUCAAGCCACAGCCGGGACUGAGACCAUCUGCCUCCAAGGGAAGUCUUCAUGACCAUGAGGACAAUGACGAUCAGAAACUUUGGAUCAACAUGGUACCCAAGGAAGUAGCCGACAGUCUUGAGGACCGUGAGAAGAAGCGACAAGAAAUCAUCUUCGAGAUGAUGUAUACCGAACGUGACUUCGUUAAGGACUUGGAAUACUUGAGAGACUUCUGGAUGCGCCCUCUACGAUCUCCCAACAACCCUAGCCUUUCCCCUAUCCCUGAGCAUCGCCGAGAGAAGUUUAUCCGAACUGUGUUUGGUAACUGUCUGGAGGUUUUGAGCGUCAACUCUAAAUUAAGUGAAGCGCUCAACGCCCGACAAAAGGAAACCCCCGUUGUGAAAACCAUCGGUGAUAUUUUUCUUCAAUUCGUCCCUAGAUUCGAUCCCUUCAUUAGAUACGGCGCAAACCAGCUUCACGGAAAGUAUGAAUUUGAAAAGGAGAGGUCCUCGAACCCUGCGUUUGCCAAAUUCGUUGAGGAGACAGAGCGCCUGAAGGAGUCUCGAAAACUCGAACUGAACGGUUACCUUACCAAACCCACCACCCGAUUGGCGAGAUAUCCACUUCUUCUUGAAGGUGUGGCUAAAUACACUGCCGACGAUAGCCCGGAUAAGGAGGAUAUCCCCAAGGCCAUUGUUCUUAUUCGAGACUUCCUUUCUCGAGUGAACACAGAGAGUGGAAAAGCAGAGAACCACUUCAACCUUGUGCAACUGAAUUCUGCUUUGAAAUUCACCCCGGGCGAUUACGUUGAUCUGAAGCUUACUGAGGAGAACCGAGUGAUGUUGAUCAAGAUGGCAUUCAAGAAGGGUCCAACCGACUCUGCAGAAGUUACAGCCUACCUGUUUGACCACUCUGUCCUCCUUGUUCGCAUAAAACCUGUGAAUAAACGAGAAGAGUAUAGGGUAUAUCGGAAGCCUAUCCCGCUUGAGCUUCUCGUCAUAACCCAAAUGGAAGAAGUGCUACCUAAACUUGGCAUUCAUAAACGUCCUACUGCCGGUGGCCUGAUUCCAGGAACCAGAACAGCCAGCGCUACUCCAGCUUCGUCCAAGGAAGGGCUGCCUGUUACCUUCCGUCACUUAGGUAAAGGGGGUUAUGAGAUAACUUUACACGCAACCUCCCAAACUCAGCGGAAACGGUUCAUCGAAUUGGUCGAAGAGCAAAAGAGAAAACUGCGGGAGCGAAAUAGUAACUUCUAUUCCAAGACCAUCCUUUGCGAGGGCUUCUUUAGCGCUGUCAAUAGAAUCAACUGUUUGGUUCCAAUUGAUGGUGGCCGCAAGCUUGUAUAUGGAACUGAUAAUGGUAUCUAUGUGUCUGAACGCUGGCCAAAAGACAAAUCUGCAACUCCAAAGCGUGUCCUUGAAGCCAAUGCGGUAACCCAGAUUGAUACCUUGGAAGAAUACCAGCUGCUGCUUGUUCUUGCCAACAAGACACUUAGCUCUUACCCGCUUGAGGCGUUAGAUACAAGCGAUAACCAGAGCGCCAUGGUCCGGCGGCCCAAAAAGAUUCAGGGUCACGCUAAUUUCUUCAAAUCUGGUAUUGGUCUCGGAAGACACCUGGUGUGCUCCGUGAAGACCUCGACUUUAUCAACGACCAUAAAAGUCUUCGAGCCUAUGGAGAAUUUGGCCAAGGGCAAGAAGAAACCCCUCAGCAAGAUGUUCCAGACCGGUCAGGAUGCUUUGAAACCCUUUAAGGAAUUUUACAUCCCCGCUGAAUCAUCUUCGGUUCAUUUCUUACGCUCAACUCUCUGUGUCGGUUGUUCUCGUGGCUUCGAAGUGGUCAGUCUAGAAACCACUGAGAGACAAUCCCUCCUCGACCAAGCAGACACGUCGCUGGAUUUCGUUGCAAGAAAAGAAAACGUGAAGCCCAUCCACAUCGAACGACUAAACGGUGAAUUCUUGCUCAAUUACUCUGACUUCUCCUUCUUCGUCAACCGUAACGGAUGGCGAGCCCGUCCAGACUGGCGAAUUGCCUGGGAAGGCAACCCUACUGCAUUCGCCCUAUCUUAUCCAUACAUCCUAGCAUUUGAGCCCAGCUUCAUUGAAAUCCGGCAUCUUGAAACCAGUGAAUUGGUACACGUUAUGACAGGACGAAAUAUUCGUAUGCUGCAUUCUUCUACUCGAGAGAUAAUCUAUGCCUACGAAGAUGAAAAUGGAGAAGAUGUCGUCACCAGCCUUGACUUUUGGAACAAACCAGCAUAA